AUUGUACUGUAUGAACAUCAUUCAGUUCUGAGAGCUGUUUUCUACCAAAUCUCAUUUCGGUAUGGAAGAUUUAGCUACAAAAAACACAUGUAAGGGAGUAAAUGGACAGUCCACAACAGACGAAUCACCUGCUGCUGCUGCUGCUGCUGCUGCUCGCAGUGUUGACUCAUGCUGCGGAUCCUGCCUGAAAAGUAUCAAGCUCUGGAUACCUGUGGACUACAAGAAUGAAACAGUUCAGUUUUUGAAACUGGCAGGACCUGUGUUCAUUUCACAGCUGAUGAGCUUCCUGAUCGGCUUCGUCAGCAUGGUGUUCUGCGGUCACCUGGGGAAAACAGAGCUGGCAGGGGUGGCGUUAGCAAUAGCGGUAAUAAAUGUCACAGGUAUUUCCAUUGGCUGUGGUUUGGCAUCAGCAUGUGAUACUCUCAUAUCUCAGACUUAUGGGAGUGGUAACCUAAAGCGUGUAGGGGUGAUACUCCAACGGGGAGUUCUGAUUCUGCUCUUAGCCUGUUUCCCCUGUUGGGCCGUCCUCAUUAACACUCAGCCCAUUUUGCUGGCUGUCAGGCAGAGUGCAGAGGUCGCCAGACUCUCCCAGCUGUAUGUGAAGAUCUUUAUGCCAGCUCUGCCAGCUGCCUUCAUGUACCAGCUGCAGGGGAGGUAUCUUCAGAAUCAGGGCAUCAUGUGGCCACAGGUGAUAUCCGGAGCCUUGGGGAAUGUUUUAAAUGCAAUAAUCAACUACAUCUUCCUCAAUCUCCUCGACCUGGGGAUCGCUGGAUCUGCAGCUGCCAAUGCCAUCUCCCAAUAUUCCUUGGCCGUGUUCUUGUAUGCGUACAUCUGCGCCAGGGGCCUGCACAAAGCUACGUGGGAUGGGUGGUCAGGAGACUGUCUGCAGGAGUGGGGCUCUUUCCUCCGCCUGGCCAUCCCCAGCAUGCUGAUGCACUGUCUGGAGUGGUGGCUGUAUGAGAUCGCAGGGUUCCUGGCAGGCGUCAUCAGUGAGGUUGAGUUAGGAGCUGAGUCUAUAGUUUAUGAACUGGCUGCCAUCGCUUACAUGUUUCCUAUGGGUUUCUCUGUCGCUGCCAGUGUUCGGGUUGGAAACGCUCUCGGCGCUGGGAACACAGAGCAAGCCAAACUGUCCAGCAAGGUCUCCCUCAUCUGUGCAUCCAUCGUCUCGUGUGUCAUUGGAGCCUGUCUUGGCGUGUCCAGGGAUGUGAUCGGUUACAUUUUCACUACAGAGAAAGACAUUAUUCAAAGAGUGGCUGAUGUCAUGAAGAUGUAUGGUUUCAUCCAUGUCGCUGAGGCCUUUGCGGGUGUGACAGGAGGUAUUGUCAGAGGUGCAGGGAAGCAAAUGAUUGGUGCUGUGUGUAACUUGGUGGGUUACUACCUCAUUGGGUUCCCCAUUGGAGUGUCUCUGAUGUUUCCUGUCAAAAUGGGCAUAGUAGGGCUGUGGUCGGGGUUUUUAAUUUGUGUUUUGAUACAGUCCACGUUCUUUACUGUUUUCCUGUGCAAACUAAACUGGAAGAAAGCCACUGAAGAGGCGCUGGUAAGAGCAGGAGUCCACAUUACAGAGAGGAACGACAUCUUCGGGAUAGAAAAUAAGGCCCUGGACUCAGGCGAGAACCAGACCCACACAAAGACCAGUCGACCCAGUUCUUUGAGUCCAGCAGAGGGGAAGCUGGAGGCGCUCGGUGCUUCCCGGGACGUGGCUCUGUCAGUCAGGCAGCUGGUGGUACGACGUGGCCUCACUCUGCUGUUCAUGGUCGUCAUCCUCGCUGCAGGAGUGUUCAUGAGUGAGCUGCUGGUCAGACUGCUCCAAUUAGAUGAGUGACCGUCGUUAGACCAACAAACAUGCAGCACGAAAACGAAGCUGUGAGUCAGGGUACAAAUGUGUCAUGUUUAGCAGUAAACAAUUUUAAAAGGGGGAAAAUACUAAGUACACAUGUAAUGACACAACCUACAGUCAAGAGCACAAUCAUACCCCUUGGUUUGGGUAUUAACAGCUUACCAUCUUACCGCAGGAAGCAAUUUGUGAUGACAAAUUUCCACUCCAUACUCCCACUUUUACAAAAUUAUUUAAAAAGAAAGAAGAUAACAGCUGCAUUAGAGUGAUACAUGUUACACAAGUAAAAAAAUAUUCUGUAAUUGCAUUAAAUAA